AUGCUGGUAAAAGGAAGAAAGGUUUCUGGACGGGGAGAGGCCAUGGCGGCGAACUACGCGUUCGGGCCGCUCGAAGAUGAAGUAAUCAUCAAGCAAGUCACUCGAACCACAACCACAAGAGGCGAACCGCCAUUGAAGAAGCUCCAGAAGAAGUUCACAUCCCUGUUCGUUGAGCUCGACAAGAACGAGGACAACUAUCGCGAUUGCGACAAGCUGGCCAAAGCUUUCCUCCAAGAGCUCAGCACCUUCGAGAUUCCGCUCCUCAAGAGCAAAGCAGUUGUGGAUGCGAAUCUCAGAGAGAAGCACAAUUUCGACGAGUUGAGGGAGGAGAUAAAUCGGCAGAUAGUGCAAGCGCAGACCGACAUUGAAUUGGUGAAGAAGCAGCUUGAGGAGAGUAAAAUCGAAAGAAGGCAUAAGGAGGAGUGUGAGGCGAUCAGGAAAAUGAUAGCGACGCAACCGCCUCGGUCCGAAACGCUCAAAAUCAUAUCCGAUUUGGAGAAAGAGAUUGCCGCUUUGGACGCCGAGAAUACGGCAAGUUCAAGGAUGCUGGAGCUCCGAAAGAAGCAGUUUGCUCUGUUGUUGCAUGUG